AUGUCGGCAGACUUCUGGGCUAGCUAUAUCUCUGGGGCAUUGGGGAUAUUGGUGGGUAAUCGCCUCGAUGUCCUAAAGGUCGCCGCUCAAGCAGGCACUAGUGGUGUCGUUGCAGAACCGACACUGCAGCAUGACUCGAAUCAACGUCUUCAGAGAGUCACAGCAUUGUUCAGAGGAGCUGCCGCCCCCAUUCUAGGCUAUGGCGCAUUGAACUCUAUACUCUUCAUGACAUACAACCGGUCCCUGAAGUUGAUGGAUCCAAGCAUAUUUGACUACACAAAGCUGGCUGGCGUUGAUUUGAGCAAGAUUUGGGCGGCGGGCGCGAUUGGAGGACUCGCUACAUUUGUCGUCUCCGCACCGUCAGAGCUCAUAAAAUGCAGGGCCCAGCUUAUCGUGGAUGGACAAGGUUCUUCAUAUGGAGUAUUUAAAGAAAUAUGGAAAUAUGGUGGGCUUCGAGGGCUCUACUACGGAGGCACAAUCACUGCUGUUCGAGAUGCCGUGGGAUAUGGCUGGUAUUUUUGGUCGUACGAGCUAACUAAGCGAUUACUUCUUUCUCGACAAGCCGAUCCAUUCGCUUCUCCUACUGCUGCAGAAGUUCUAAUCAGUGGCGGUAUUGCCGGAGUCGUCACCUGGGUAUCCAUCUAUCCUCUGGAUAUCAUCAAAACCCGUCUCCAGACGCAGGCUUCCCCAGCCACAGAGUGCCAAAGGCUUCUUCCGGGAGCCAACACGGCGGGCGCCCAAGCGAAGACAAGUUUGACCAUCGCUCGGGACAUUUGGCAAAUCUCCGGAAUGGGCGGCUUCUAUCGCGGAAUUGGCAUCUGUAGUUUGAGAGCGUUCAUCGUGAAUGCAGUCCAGGUAGGCCGCUCUCUGGUCCCAUCAUCAUCCCCUACUAACCUUCGAUAG